AUGUCGGUUAAGAAUCUUACCCUAGAUCAGCUACACACACUUAAGUUGUUUUACCAUUUGCCAAAACCAAGUCGAUGGGUCUCAAUCUCCGAGGGUGACAAUAGCCAUGAGAUGCCUUUUCCAACACUACUUGAUUGUCUGAAUGAAGUUCAAGAUGACAUUGGUUUUUUUAUUGAGCUUAAGUACCCCAGUGAGUUGGAGAAUGGCGAAUAUGAAGACAGUACCAUGUUUGAUGCAAACCAAUUCAGUGAUGUGAUCCUGUCACUGAUUUUAAAGCAUUGUGGCAAUCGGAAAAUCCUCCUCUCUACCUUUGAGCCUGACCUGUGCAUUAUGCUCCAACUGAAGCAGAACCAAUUCCCUGUAAUGUUUCUUACACAAGGAAAAACAGAAAAGUGGCCACCUUAUAAAGAUCUUCGCACAAAGGCAGUGGAAACUGGCAUCAGUUUUACCAAAGCUGAAGGUUUAUUUGCAAUUUGUGCUUUGACUGAAAAUCUCCUGAAAAAUGAAGAACUCAUUAAAAUGUGCCAUGAGAAGGAUUUACCCCUUUUGUCUUGGGGAAUGGAUAAUGAUAAUCAUGAUAAUCUAAGAAUUUUAACUGAGAAAGGACUCCUUGGCCUAAUAUAUAAUCGGUAA